GUGCUCUGUGAGCAUGGAUGAAUGUCUGGACAGGCCCUGUAGAAAUGGAGGAACCUGUGAAGAUGUAAUGAAUGGCGUCAAAUGCAAUUGCCCAUUUGGUUUUUCAGGCCAAUACUGUGACAUAGACGUGAAUGAAUGUGAUUCGGGGCCCUGCUUGAAUGGUGCUGUCUGUCAGAAUAAUGUCAAUGGAUAUGAUUGCUUUUGCCCUGAAGGAUUUGAAGGUCUGAACUGUGAAAUCAACUUUGAUGAGUGCACUUACAGCUUCUGUAGAAGCAAUUCAACUUGUUUAGACCUGGUUGCAGACUACACAUGUGUUUGUCCUCCAGGCUUCACUGACAAAAACUGUUCAAUGGACAUUGAUGAAUGUGCCUUCGAGCCCUGCAAAAAUGGAGCCCAUUGCAAUGAUUUGAUUGGUGAAUUUUACUGUAGCUGCUUGCCAGGGACAUACAGAGCACGUCAGGUAGAUAUCAUACCAGGUUUCUUGGCGGUGAAGAAAUGUAAAGAAGCUAUUGAUAACUCUGAGAAGAGUUGA